CGUUCCUCACUCUGAGGACAGCGUUCCUCACUCCGAGGACAGCGUUCCUCACUCUGAGGACAGCGUUCCUCACUCUGAGGACAGCGUUCCUCACUCUGAGGACAGCGUUCCUCACUCUGAGGACAGCGUUCCUCACUCUGAGGACCGCGUUCCUCACUCUGAGGACAGCGUUCCUCACUCUGAGGACAGCGUUCCUCACUCUGAGGACAGCGUUCCUCACUCUGAGGACAGCGUUCCUCACUCUGAGGACAGCGUUCCUCACUCUGAGGACAGCGUUCCUCACUCUGAGGACAGCGUUCCUCAUUCUGAGGACAGCGUUCCUCAUUCUGAAGACAGCGUUCCUCACUCUGAGGACAGCGUUCCUCACUCUGAGGACAGCGUUCCUCACUCUGAGGACAGCGUUCUUCACUCUGAGGACAGCGUUCCUCCUCUGAGGACAGCGUUCCUCACUCUGAGGACAGCGUUCCUCACUCUGAGGACAGCGUUCCUCACUCUGAGGACAGCGUUCCUCACUCUGAGGACAGCGUUCCUAACUCUGAGGACAGCGUUCCUCGCUCUGCGGACAGCGUUCUUCACUCUGAGGACAGCGUUCCUCACUCUGAGGACAGCGUUCCUCACUCUGAGGACAGCGUUCCUCACUCUGAGGACAGCGUUCCUCACUCUGAGGACAGCGUUCCUCACUCUGAGGACGGCGUUCCUCACUCUGAGGACGGCGUUCCUCACUCUGAGGACAGCGUUCCUCACUCUGAGGACAGCGUUCCUCACUCUGAGGACAGCGUUCCUCACUCUGAGGACAGCGUUCCUCACUCUGAGGACAAGCGUUCCUCACUCUGAGUAAAGCGUUCCUGACACUGAGUAAAGCUUUCCUCACUCUGAGGACAGCGUUCCUCACUCUGAGGGCAGCGUUCCUCACUCUGAGGACAGCGUUCCUCAAUCUUAGGACAGCGUUCCUCACUCUGAGGACAGCGUUCCUCACUCUGAGGACAGCGUUCCUCACUCUGAGGACAGCGUUCCUCACUCUGAGGACAGCGUUCCUCACUCUGAGGACAGCGUUCCUCACUCUGAGGACAGCGUUCCUCACUCUGAGGACAGCGUUCCUCACUCUGAGGACAGCGUUCCUCAGUCUAAGGACAGCGUUCCCCACUCUGAGUAAAGCGUUCCUCACUCUGAGUAAAGCGUUCCACACUCUGAGUAAUGCGUUCCUCACUCUGAGAACAGCGUUCCUCACUCUGAGGACAGCGUUCCUCACUCUGAGGACAGCGUUCCUCACUCUGAGGACAGCGUCCCUCACUCUGAGGACCGCGUUCCUCACUCUGAGGACAGCGUUCCUCACUCUGAGGACAGCGUUCCUCACUCUGAGGACAGCGUUCCUCACUCUGAGGACAGCGUUCCUCACUCUGAGAACAGCGUUCCUCACUCUGAGGACAGCGUUCCUCACUCUGAGGACAGCGUUCCUCACACUGAGGACAGCGUUCCUCACUCUGAGGACAACGUUCCUCACUUGAGGACAGCGUUCCUCACUCUGAGGACAGCGUUCCUCACUCUGAGGACAGCGUUCCUCACUCUGAGGACAGCGUUCCUUACUCUGAGGACAGCGUUCCUCACUCUGAGGACAGCGUUCCUCACUCUGAGGACAGCGUUCCUCACUCUGAGGACAGCGUUCCUCACUCUGAGGACAGCGUUCCUCACUCUGAGGACAGCGUUCCUCACUCUGAGUAAAGCGCUCCUCACCCUGAGGACAGCGUUCCUCACUCUGAGGACAGCGUUCCUCACUCGGAGGACAGCGUUCCUCACUCUGAGGACAGCGUUCCUCAGUCUGACGACAGCGUUCCUCAUUCUGAGGACAGCGUUCCUCACUCUGAGGAAAGCGUUUCUCACUCUGAGGACAGCGUUCCUCACUCUGAGGACAGCGUUCCUCACACUGAGGACAGCGUUCCUCACUCUGAGGACAGCGAUCCUCACUUUGAGGAAAGCGUUCCUCAUUCUGAGGACAGCGUUCCUCACUCUGAGGACUGCGUUUCUCACACUGAGGACAGCGUUCAUCAAUCUGAGGCCAGCGUUCCUCACGCUGAGGACUGCGUUCCUCACUCUGAGGACAGCGUUCCUCACUCUGAGGACAGCGUUCCUCACUCUGAGGACAGCGUUCCUCACUCUGAGGACAGCGUUCCUCACUCUGAGGAAAGCGUUCCUCACUCUGUGGACAGCGUUCCUCACUCUGAGGACAGCGUUCCUCACUCUGAGGACAGCGUUCCUCACUUUGAGGAAAGCGUUCCUCAUUCUGAGGACAGCGUUCCUCACUCUGAGGACGGCGUUUCUCACACUGAGGACAGCGUUCCUCAAUCUGAGCACAGCGUUUCUCACUCUGAGGAAAGCGUUGCUCACUCUGAGGACAGCGUUCCUCACUCUGAGGACGGCGUUUCUCACUCUGAGGACAGCGUUCCUCACUCUGAGGAAAGCGUUCCUCACUCUAGGCACACCGUUUCUCACUGUAUGAGGACAGAGUUCCUCAAUCUAUGAGGACAGCGUUCCUCACUCUGAGGACAGCGUUCCUCAUUCUGAGGACAGCGUUCCUCACUCUGAGGAAAGCGUUUCUCACUCUGAGGACAGCGUUCCUCACUCUGAGGACAGCGUUCCUCACACUGAGCACAGCGUUCCUCACUCUGAGGACAGCGAUCCUCACUUUGAGGAAAGCGUUCCUCAUUCUGAGGACAGCGUUCCUCACUCUGAGGACGGCGUUUCUCACACUGAGGACAGCGUUCCUCGCUCUGAGGACAGCGUUCCUCACUCUGACGACAGCGUUCCUCACUCCGAGGAAAGCGUUCCUCACUCUGAGGACAGCGUUCCUCGCUCUGAGGACAGCGUUCCUCACUCUGACGACAGCGUUCCUCACUCCGAGGAAAGCGUUCCUCACUCUGAGGACAGCGUUCCUCACUCUGAGGACAGCGUUCCUCACUCUGAGGACAGCGUUCCUCACUCUGAGGACAGCGUUCCUCACUCUGAGGACAGCGUUCCUCACUCUGAGGAAAGCGUUCCUCACUCUGAGGAAAGCGUUCCUCACUCUGAGGACAGCGUUCCUCACUCUGAGGACAGCGUUCCUCACUCUGAGGACAGCGUUCCUCACUCUGAGGACAGCGUUCCUCACUCUGAGGACAGCGUUCCUCACUCUGAGGACAGCGUUCCUCACUCUGAGGACAGCGUUCCUCACUCUGAGGACAGCGUUCCUCACUCUGAGGAAAGCGUUCCUCACUCUAGGCACACCGUUUCUCACUGCUGAGGACAGAGUUCCUCAAUCUAUGAGGACAGCGUUCCUCACUCUGAGGACAGCGUUCCUCAUUCUGAGGACAGCGUUCCUCAAUCUGAGGAUAGCGUUGCUCACUCGGACGACAGCGUUUCUCAUUCUGAGGACAGCGUUCCUCACUCUGACGACAGCGUUUCUCACUCUGACGACAGCGUUUCUCACUCUGAGGACAGCGUUCCUCACUCUGAGGACAGCGUUCCUCACUCUGAGGACAGCGUUCCUCACUCUGACGACAGCGUUCCUCACUCUGAGGAAAGCGUUAUUCAGUCUGAGGACUGCGUUUCUCACUCUUAGUAAAGCGUUCCUCACUCUGAGGACAGCGUUCCUCACUCUGACGACAGCGUUCCUCACUCUGAGGAAAGCGUUCCUCACUCUGAGGACUGCGUUUCUCACACGGAGUAAAGCGUUUCUCACUCUGAGGACAGCGGUUCUCACUCUGAGGACAGCGUUCCUCACUCUGAGGACAGCGUUCCUCGCUCUGAGGACAGCGUUCCUCACUCUGAGGACAGCGUUCCUCACUCUGAGGAAAGCGUUCCUCACUCUGAGGGCAGCGUUACUCACUCUGAGGGCAGCGUUCCUCACUCUGAGGACAGGGUUCCUCACUGUGAGAACAGCGUUCCUCACUCUGAGGACAGCGUUCCUCACUCUGAGGACAGCGUUCCUCACUCGGAGGACAGCGUUCCUCACUCCGAGGACAGCGUUCCUCACUCUGAGGACAGCGUUCCUCACUUUGAAGAAAGCGUUCCUCAUUCUGAGGACAGCGUUCCUCACCCUGAGUAAAGUGUUCCUCACUCUGAGGGCAGCGUUCCUCACUCUGAGUAAAGCGUUCCUCACUCUGAGGACAUCGUUCCUCACUCUGAGGACAGCGUUCCUCACAUCGAGGAAAGCGUUCCUCAUUCUGAGGACAGCGUUCUUCACUCUGAGGACAGCGUUCCUCACUUUGAGGAGAGCGUUCCUCAUUCUGAGGACAGCGUUCCUCAGUCUGAGGAAGGCGUUUCUCACUCUGAGGACAGCGUUCCUCACUCUGAGGACAGCGUUCCUCACUCUGAGGAAAGCGUUGCUCACUCUGAGGACAAGGUUCCUCACUCUGAGGACAAGAUUCCUCACUCUGACGACAAGGUUCUUCACUCUGAGGACAAGGUUCUUCACUCUGAAGACAAGUUUCCUCACUCUGACGACAAGGUUCCUCACUCUGAGGACACGGUUCCUCACUCUGAGGACACGGUUCCUCAUUCUGAGGACAGCAUUCCUCACUCUGAAUACAGCGUUCCUGACUCUGAGGACAGC